AACAUGGCGGCCCAAGAUGAAGUUGACGUAUGUGAAAGUUGGGAGGAUAUGGACGAAAUUGGCUUAGACACGAAGAUCAAGCUGAUGUCAAGUGCGUCCCCGCCAGUGAAAACUCCACUGAAAGGUUGCAAGGUUACGAACGUAAUUGUUGAAGACAGCGCCUGUAUUGGGUCUCAGUGCGUUAUGCCGGAGCCAGCUAUUCGCAUUCUGAAGCGGCCGUCGACGCUCGCGAGCGGGCAGCUGAACGGCGAACGGAACGCACGCCCUGUUAAAACCCUCCAACAAAGACAGAAGGAAUACGAAGAAGCGAGAUUACGGAUACUGGGCGAAGCGCGGAGCCCCGAAGACGUCAUCGACGACAAUUUGAGCUGCUUGCAAGAUAAAUUACAAGCGAAUAGCAUUAGCGACAGUCAGAAUGGAAACAAAGUGAAGAAUUGUCACAAUGAUAAUGCCAAAGGGAAGGAGCGUAAGGUGCUAGUGAGGUUACCACCCGGAGCUACUGCGUCAGGGGUGUUCCCAUCCCCGCCACCUCCGGGAGUGCUUGUUAUACGGACACCUCGGGGCCCUGAUGGUACCAAAGGCUUCCAGCGAAGGUAGCACCAGCCCAUGACAGUCAUACACUAAUUUGUAAUUAAUUCCAUCCACAAACUACCCGAGAAAGACUAUGUUGAAAUAUUGGCUUUGCUUAUAAUAUGAUCUUCUUCACAAUUCCUAAAUUGUGUUAGCAUUGUUUCUAUGGUUCUAAAAAGUGUCUUAUAUGACCACAUAAGCUCCAGCCGGCACAUGAUUGGCACGACAGUAUCUCGCCCUCAAGAUAGACUACCUGUCUCUGUCUAAUUUUAUUAAUACAGCUAGAAAAAGGUGGGUAGUCUAUCUCGCAGGCAAGAUACUGUCGCGCCCCUCCUUUGCUAGCACAGGCCUAUUUUAAGGUGAAUCAAGUGCAUGGUAUUCAUGUUAUCAAAAAAAUCCUUGAUUGGUCUAAAAACUUCAUAACAUGCUAAGUUUGUUUGGAUGUAUCAUUAGAACUAAUGCAUACAUAAACACAGUAAACUAUGCAGAAUGUUUUGAUAACUGGCCUUACUACUGUUAUACAAUGAUAUCUCAAUAAAAUCCUGACCAGUUUACUGUUAUCAUUGUUGACAUGGUCAGUGGCACAUUUGUAGUCUUUGCCGCCUUAGGUCCCAUGCCCUGUAGCUGCCCGUUUCUCAGCACCCAUAAUAUUGACUACAUUUUGAGUUAUUUCUUGGUAUCAUCAUUGAAUUUUUUGUCACAAUUUGCUGCCCCUAAUAUCUUGCCGCCCUAGGCCUGGGCCUACUUAGCCUUAGGGAAAAUCCGCCACUGGACAUGGCAAUGGCAGGCAUUUUGCCUGGGUAAAAUGAAGCUCAAUUCAAUCAAAACUUUGUAGGCCAAACAUGAAUUGAAUAUUAAUAUAAUAUGAAUUUUCCCUCCAUUAUCAAUGCUAUAAAACAAGUGGCUCUUAUAUCAGUUAUUACACUUGGGGUGUCAUAUUUCUCAAACAAAUUGUAACUUGUCACUUUAUGUUCAACGCACCAUGAGAAAGGAAAAGGUUUUGCGAUUUUCAAAUGUUAACAAUGUGCUCACACCUUUGGACAGACAAUUUAAAUAAUGUUACUGGAACUAAAAAACACCCUCUCAUUCUAUAGAACAAAUCAUUUUAUUUUUUGGUUUCAAAUAGAAUUAAAUUAUUUAAUUGCAUAGGAAGCCACAAUUAUGUUUUAAGCAAUUAAUUUAGAAUGUUUGCGAUUCUUGGAACUUUGAGAAAGAGACCAAUUUCUAGUAAAUUACAGUAAAAAAUAAAUUUACAGUAGUUGGAAGAAAUGUUGUUAUCUAAAAGCUAGAAUACUUGUUUUUAGAUUAGUAUACAAGCAUUUGUUGCAAGGUGCAAAAUUAUAUUGAGCAGAUUUUACUUCUGGAUGGACCAAGGUUCUCAAAUAUUUCCCAGUUACAAUACUUCAUUCAUACCAUUAUUGAUAAAAAAGAUAUUUCUCUUGACACCUAAUGCAUAACAUUAAUUACUAUAUAUACUACAUUUGUUCCUGAACAUAAAUUAUGAAUUGUGAAUGAUGAUUGAGCUCACUAAAUGGAACAAUAAUUUUUAUUGUAUGUAAGUGAGAGCUAGAUGCCAAUCUAGUGGGGUGGGGUAAUUGCAAAUAGAGCAAAUGCUAUAGUCAUUCGAUUUGUAGCUGGCCUCGAGCGGCUAAUCCUUUGUAUAUUGUUAAGUAAAACCGCGCGUGCUUACUACCUGUAAAAAAGGGUCGUAUGAUUCUAAUUGGCACCUGAGCGCGGGUUAGUCCAACGCUCAAAAAACUAGUGUAAGUGCGCUCUCCGAUAACGCGGCUUUGUUACGUAUAUCGAUGACACAUUUUAGACUGGUUUUGUAGCGUUUGACUCGCCGGCACCCAGUAACCGUAGAGGGACCACACACAGCCUCGCAAAUUAUUUUUCCAUUUGUUCAUUUUGAAUCUUAUUGCAAUUUCCAUAGGAGUUGUAAUUCAAUAACCGGUUAACUGAACCAUUUUUUAUGCAGGCAACUAGCACACGCGGUUUUACUUAACAAUAGACAAAGGAUUAGCAGUUUGGGGCCAGCUACAAAUCGAACGACUAUACUAUAAUAAGUACUAGAGUCUCCACGCGGUUAGCAUUCUGAUGCAGACCCACAAGUCGCUCCUGUCGCUAUAUAGAUAUCACUGUUUUGGUCACACACCAGAGCGGCGUGUGGAGCUGCACCUAAUGUGACGACCGCCAGUCGCCCACUAAGUUUUACAUGAAGUAUGGCAUGGGUGCCAACAAAGCCAAGAGUGCCAAGUAGAUGCAAACUUAGCAUGGUUGGAAGUCUAUCUUGAAAUACAAGUAGAUGGUAUAAUUUAAUAUACUUCCACAUUAGGUGGACUUUAUCUAUUUUACAGAACAAAGUGUGCCAUGGGUACAAGUGCCUAAAGUCUAAACCUUUUGCUUGUAUUUUUAAGUAGUUGCAUUGGCCCCAUAUUUGCAAUUGCCCCCAGUGAACCUGUCAACAUAUUGAAUGAUUGUAUGUGCAAGUUUUCAGAGUAUUCAAAUAUGUUUUAGCUCAUUUUGAUGAGCUUGAAUGGAUGAGUGCACUUUGGUGCAAUAUAUUUUUAACAGACAAGUAAAUAAUGAGGGUUGCCUGUUGCCUGUCAAACAACUUUGUCAGUAGAAAAAGGCGCGAAAUUCAAAUUUUCUAUGGGACGAUAACCCUUCACGCAUAGAUUUUUUAAAUUUGCCGCUUUAUUCUACUGACGGAAAUGGCUUGACAGACUAUAGUCUCCAAACAACAAUAUGAUCCCUGUGUCUAUGGUUCAUUAACCAUUCAGAUGAAUGUCUAGAGGGUCUAAUUAUUGUUUAUGGUCAAUCACAAAUAUUCUUGGCCAUAGACAUUCCCAAGAUUUCACUAAAGAACUUGAAGAAAAAUGCAAUUAAGGGGUCAUCCAUUAAUUACGUCACACGUUUAGGGGGAGGGAGGGGGUCAAGAAAAUGUGACAUAUUGUGACAUGGGGGAGGGGGGAGACACAAACUUUGUGACGUCACUUUAACUUCAUCAGUAACCGAAUUUUUUUUUUAAUUAUUUUAUUCGCUGUACAUUUAAAUAACAAGUUUUUAAAACGAUAAUCGUUUUUAUUCUUUUAAUUUUCUUUCCUAAGCAGUUUUGGGUUAUAAAAUUACUAAUAUUUAUAUCGUCAAAAAUAUUUUGAUAAAAUAUUAAUAAUACUUAGGUACUUACUUAAUUCGAUUUGGCGAUUUCGUAGAAAAAAUGUGACGUCACACUAGGGGGGAGGGGUUUGCCAAAUGUGACCAAAUGUGACAAGGGGGGGGAGGGGUCAAAAAACCUAGAAAUUCGUGUGACGUAAUUAAUGGAUGACCCCUAAUCAUUAUUUACUUGUUUUUGAUUCAAGUUGAGAAUAUUGCUGCUAGUUCGGAUAUUUAUUUGAUCUCUGUAAACAUGUUAUCUACAAAGAAUUAUGUCAUAAAUUUCAAAACAACUGAUUCAUUAAUCAUUUCUAAAGAUGAAUGCGUCUAUUGUAAGGUAGUGUUUACACAAAUGAUGGUUGCAAAAAUGCUCUAAAAUGAGCUAAUGUCAUUUAGUAAAUAUUUAUUUUAGUUUUAUGUCUAAAACCAAAGAGUUAUUAAGAAUAGAAGACGUAUAAAGUCUAAGAAUAAGUUGUGCUCGCGGCAGUCUGGCUGUCAAAAGUUGACGAGUGACAAUUCGACUACCCGAAAACAUAGCGCCAUCUGUCACUCUGCACUCUAGCACUCUGUCAAACUAGGGGGCACGAAUUUCUUUGACUUUACACUACUUCUACAAUCAGUGACUCUUUGCUUAUUCUAUUGGAACACGUUUUUGAACAUUGCGAAUGAUGAGAUGCUAAUGGUCUUAGGUCUCGGUAGUUCUCACCUGCCGCCCGCGGCGGGCAGUGGGUGAGAACGACUUAGGCCUUACAAAAGACGAUACGGAAGACCGUGUUAGUCUGUGCGGAAAGAGAAGAGUCGUGGAAUGUAUCGGGACCCACAAAUGAAACUGUGUGUGUGCCCACAACUGUGGAGGAGAAAAAUUUGGAAAGCGAAUCCUGUGCUUCAAAGUAUUUGAAGACGCAACCGGGAUAUAUGCAGUAGCGAUGUCAUCAGAAACUACUAAAAAUCAGUAAAGUGUAUUCGGUAAUUCCGAAAAGUUUCGAAUGUCGGGUAAAUCCAAAAUGAACUAUAAUAUGAUGGAGUUAUGAGUGAUUUUCGAAAUUACCCGACAUUUUGAAAUAGUCUGAAUUACCUAACUUGCAUUUUCUCCAGUCCAUCUUUUUUAAUCGAAGAUUUUCUUUUAAAAAUCUUUUCGAUUUUUUUCAACCAUCAUGCCACCACAUUUUAAUGAAAACAAUUCAUUACACAACCAUUUCAUUAAUUAUUAUAUAUUUAUUAAACAAUGUGUGCAUACAAUUAAUUGAUAGAAUAAUUGUCAAAAUUAUACCAUUAAACUUUUUAUAUCCCAUUUUUCUACAUUAUACAUUAUAGUAUAUUUUUUAGGUUAAGGUACUUGCUAGUUGUAUAUUUUUAGCAUAUUAUUUUAACAUGUUAAGUUUUGAUGGUGCUUGUGGUCCGUAUGUGUCAAUGCGCAUAGAACCGCUGUGUAUAAUUCUGGUUAUUUCACCUCCUUGUAUAGAACACAGUAGGUAUCUUAUACCUCUUAGUAUAAUUUGUCGAGAUCUCGCAAGGAUAAACGAUAGGACAGACUGUAUAAUAACGACUUUCAACUGUUAUACAACAACGCUUUAUUGGCGAGGGCUUGCCGCGAACUUCGAGGCUCGAAAUUCGUAUAUCUGUGACUCCCAACAUCGCGAGACAUAUAGUGAUCCAUUAAUAGAUACCAUAUCAAUCAAUCUUAAGUUUUCCAUGUGCCGCGGUGUAAUCUUACACUUGUCCAUGAAGAAAAUAUUUGUGUUUUUCCAUUGUCGAAUAGGUAUCUUAUGCCUUAUAGAACUAAGGUUUAAUUUUCUAAAAUCCUAAUCACCUUGCGGGAUCUCUGCAGUCUUCAAUUUGUUAUUGACAAACUGACCAUGUAGCAUUCGAGUGACUGAGGUGCAUGAGUUCUGGUCAGAGUUUGAUUUGAUUUUACAAUGGUUAUAUUGUAUAUUCUGGUUUGAAAGAAACAUUAGUCCCUAUAAGUAUCAUGUUAUUUUAUGAAACUUUAAUAUCCUAUUACUGUUUCGUUAGAAUCGUGGGCCUAAAUUACUGUUACAUAGACUGCUAAAAUCGUAAUCCUUUUGGCUUUUACAUAAACGGGUUAAUAAAAAUGUUACCCAAAAACUUCGGGUAUUGUGACGUCAUUUGAGAAUUUUUAGUAGACGUUCUUGAUAUUGCCUAUACCCUCAGUUAUCGGCCUCUCUAUCCCUCGAAUAUGCAAGAGUGAUAGAGAUGCAGAUAACGAAAUUUAGAUUUUUGCGGUAGGCCCUCUGCAACCAACCAAUCGGGGUAUCGAGUCUUGUUAUAAGGUUGCACAAAGCCUCGAUGCCAAAGUUUUGGAAACCGAAAACGUCGUAAAUAUUAAUAAGUCUCAAUAUUUUUACACUUUUGCUAAGCAAGUUAGAAUAAGAGACAAUUCGGUUUGAAAACUGUGGAGUAGAGUACCUUAGUGAUCAAUUGUCUGGUUAAAUUUUUGAGCAAACCCAUAGGGAACGAAACUUACAAGUGUCAAAAGAAAUGUGCUACUAAAAUAGUACCUAGUUUCACAAAAUGAUGUUUUCAUAACGGCUAAUAAUUGGCUAUCGCGAACAUCGAAAUUCAAAAAUCGACUGUCUCCGUCUCUUACUCAUGCGUUAAAGGUGUAACAGAGUCAGAUAGAGAAAUUUCGAAUUACCGGAGUUCGCUCGUAUCCCGUGGUAGAAACUACCGUCUUGGUAAAUAUAAAGAAAGUUAAUCAACCGAGUGUUUUAUAAAACGCCAUCUAGUGAAGCUGACACUUUGAGGGCGCGACUUUUUAUUUGACUUUGUAAUGUAAUAUAAUAAUUCAGCCUAUAUAUGUAUGUCCCACUGCUGGGCACAGGCCUCCUCUCAUGCGCGAGAGUGUUUGGGCUAUAAUCCCCACGCUAGUCUAAUGCGGGUUGGGAACUUCACAUACGCCUUUGAAUUUCUUUUUGGAUUUAUGUAGGUUUCGAAGUUUUCCUUCACCGAAAAGCUAGUGGUAAAAAUCAAAUGAUAUUCCGUACAUAAGUUCCGAAAAACUCAUUGGGUAGGUACGAGCUAGGAUUUCAACCCGCGACCUCCGUAUUGAAAAUCUGACGUCAGAUCCACUCGAUCACCACCGCUUCUUUGGCUUUAUUAAAAAAAUCCUUUUAUGGUCAGAGUAGAAAAUGCCCGGGUAAAAGAAAACACUUCUAACAUUUAUAAAAUCGCAGUCAAAUUUAUUUUAAGACUACUUUCGUUUCAAAGUGUAAUGUAAAUUGAACAAUGCUUAUAUUGAUGUCACAGUGAUACGACACGUUAUCGUGACGUUUUUGGUUGAAGAAACGUCACUUUUGAUACUGACAGAUCGGUAUCGUUUCGCUUGACAUCUUAUUGUUCGAAUUGGGCCAAUGGUUAAAAUACCUAAGUCGAAGAUUGUAAAGUCAAAUUAAAAUCUGACCGAACUAUACCAAUUUUAGCAUAAGUUUACAAACUCUUGAGGAUUGUGAUAUAGAGAAUAAUCAUCUUGUUGCAAACCUUUCUGUUUAUAAUAAAAUGACAAAAAAGUGAAACGUUUUUUA